GUCGUGGCUGUCCAUGGCGGAGGGCGGCUCGGAGCCUGGGCAUGACGGCCCCGGCCCCGGCCCCGGGCCGGGCCCGGGUCCCGGCCCCGGGCUGGCCCUGGUCGAGGGCAGCGCAGGCCGCGCCGGCCGCGUCGGGGACCCCGGUGACCUAGUGGCCCUGGCCCAGCAGGUGCAGCAGGCCAAUGACUUUGUCCGAGCAAAUGCCUGCAGCAAACUGACAGUCAUCGCUGAGCAGAUCCGGCACCUGCAGGAGCAGGCGCGGAAGGUCUUAGAUGAAGCUAACAGGGAUGCUGAUCUGAACCACGUAGCCUGCAACAUUGUGAAGAAGCCAGGAAACGUUUACUACAUGUACAGGCGGGAGAGUGGGCAGCGGUAUUUCUCCAUUCUGUCUCCUAAGGAAUGGGGUACCACUCCCCAUGAAUUUCUUGGUGCCUAUAAGCUCCAGCAUGACAUGUCCUGGACUCCGUUUGAGGACAUAGAGAGACGAGAUGCUGAAAUAACUGUCCUGGAGAAGCUGCUGAACCAGCAGGCAGCACUGCCCCUGUGCAUGGAGCCCAACUUCCAGGGCCUGACCAAGUCACACAAGUGACCCCACAGGAUCCCCUGAGCAGAGUCCCUGAGUGAGGGGACACAGUGCCUGUAUGCUGCCAAAGGCGAGGUGGAAAGAGACCAAGAAACAAAAAUGCUGAUUGUUUUUGUGCUUUAAGGAGACUAAUUCUGCAUUCAGUCUUACUGGAUUUUAUAGUAAUUGAAUAAUUUACUUUAUUGACCUAUGCCAAUAAUUUACUUUAUUGACCUGUACCAGGAGUUGUCAGUUCCAAGAGUGCUUGGAGCAAAAAGCAGAAAUGCUUGGGGUAGAUGUGCUAAUGCUGUAAAAUAAUAUCCCCUAUCUGCCUGGCUCUGGUGUACCUCACUGUGAGUGCGUCAGGUAAUGAUCUCAGGGCUGGAUUUUCCCCCUUGUUAAAAUCCACAUGUUUAAAGAGCUCUGUGGCUUGGGAAGAGUAGUCAAAAGCCUGUGCAAAGGGUCUGUUGUGAUGAGUCUUCUGGUCUCUGUCCUAGCUGGUCUGAAUCCCUGAGCUGGGAACAUAGGGUGACCUGAAGCUCUUUUCUCUGGAAAGAGCAUUCUCAAAAGUACAAUGCAGGCUUCAGGUGCUCUUCAGAUGAUGUGUUUUUGACAUCUGUGACCGUGUUCACAGGGGUUUUCAGGAUGAGGGAAAAGACUUAGAUCUGACUCUAUAUUUCAGAAGGCUUGAUUAAUUAUUUUAUCAUAUAUAUAUAUUAUAUUAUAACUAUACUAAAGAAUAGAAGGAAGUUUCAUCUCAGAAGGCUAGCUAAGCUAAGAAUAGAAAGGAAUGAAUAACAAAAGUUUGUGACUCAGACAGAGAGUCCAAGCUAACUGGUCUGUGGUUGGCCAUUAAUUAUAAACAUUCAAGAUGGGCCAAUCACAGACACACCUGAUGCAUUCCACAGCUGCAGAUAACUGUUGUUUACAUUUUGUUGCUGUAGCUUCUCAGUGGGAAAAAAUCCUAAGAAAAGGAUUUUCAUAAAAAGAUGUCUGCAACACACAUUCUCAUGCACUCCCCCUUGGAUGUGAGUGCAUGAGCUGCCAGGUAGAGGCAGGAUACUGGAUGACUUUAUGCCAGAGCAGUGGGGAGAGUAAAAUAAAUCAACUGUUAUCUCACAUGUACCACCAA